AUGGACAAGUUCAAGCCUCUGAAAUUAAACUUGAAGUCUGUAAACGACGAUAUUUUUUCGCUUCAAGGCGCUUCAACAACCGAAGGGUAUGAGCUCAUCAAAGCUAAGAUAGCAUCCAAGUAUCCUGCCGGAAUUUCAAAGGUUGUCGCGGAGAAAGUCGUCGAGGAGCACGUUUGGAGCUACCUUUGCAGUAUUCAUCCCACAGAUUGGAGUGUUGUCGGUAAUAUGAAGGCAACAGCAGAGGAAACAAAGUGGAUAGAGGAUAACUGGUCGUCUAUCUCAAAGCACAGCGACGCUUUGCCUCUGUUUGGUAUCCGCACUACGAGUGCUGUCCAAGGAGAGAACAACGGGCUACUAUGGGGACGUGUGCGGACACAACUUGUGCUAGGUUCAGUCAUGGCGUACUGUACACGAGCGCUCAAAGUUUUGCAAAAGCUUAAGGAGCUCGUCCAGGAGUGGAAUAGUGCAAGUCGUGAUAUCACUACUCACGCUUUGAAGGAGUUCGGAAAGGAGAAAGAAAUGGUAGCUCACCAGACAGUAGUGCAGGAAGACGAGUCCCUCUUUUUCGUUUUUGACGCCUUCGAUAGCCGCGGUCUAGGUGGGGACGCACAUCUCUGCGAAGUUAACAUGGACUGUUGA